AUGAACGAGUCGGAGUGCGCCAGCCUGCUCGCAUCCGUACAGUGGACGGAUCCGACCAAUCUGGUCUCGCUGGCGGUGCUGGCGUUCAUCAACGUGCUCGUCAUCGUUGGGAACUGCCUGGUGAUCGCGGCCGUGCUCUGCUCGCACAAGCUGCGGAGUGUUACCAAUUUUUUCAUCGUUAGUCUAGCUGUUGCUGAUUUAUUAGUCGGAUUAGCUGUAUUGCCAUUUUCGGCCACCUGGGAGGUGUUUAAGGUUUGGAUAUUCGGUGACGUCUGGUGCCGCAUCUGGCUAGCGGUCGACGUCUGGAUGUGCACGGCCUCGAUCCUGAACCUGUGCGCCAUAUCGCUGGACCGGUACGUCGCCGUAACCCGGCCGGUCACCUAUCCGAGCAUAAUGUCGACCAGGCGCGCCAAGUCGCUCAUCGCCGGGCUGUGGGUGUUGUCCUUCGUGAUCUGCUUUCCGCCGCUGGUUGGGUGGAAGGAACAGAAAGUGAAAGAGAACGUUUAUUAUGAAUACGGAAACUACACACUGGUGUCGAUGACACCGUCCCCUUCGCCGCCGCUGCCCUGCCCGUGGACAUGCGAACUGACAAACGAUGCCGGGUAUGUCGUCUACUCGGCCCUCGGCUCCUUCUACAUCCCGAUGUUCGUGAUGCUGUUCUUCUACUGGCGGAUCUAUCGGGCAGCUGUCAGGACGACGCGCGCCAUCAAUCAGGGCUUUCGCACCACUAAAGGUGGCAAGAACAAUCUCGACGAUAGUCUGACGCUGCGGAUGCAUCGUGGUAAAGGUGUGGCCUCGCUGAUGGAGUCGACGAUCCGGGCGCAGAACGCCGUCCGCAUGUCACUCGAGAGUUCGGGCCGAGGUUCGACAUCUCUGAAGCAAACCCAUCAUCAACAGCAGCAGCAGCAGCAGGAGCAUCUUCGACAACAUCAGCCCCUGACGGCUUCCGUCGGCUCGACGCCCAAUUCUCAAAAUGGCGCACCAGGCUCAGAUGGAGGUCCUGGGCGGAAUCCUGAAAUAUCGAUCUCACGUGCCUCGAGCGGAAAUGUAGUUGUACAGUCCUGUCCCCAGGGGCAGACCGGGACGGACUCUUCACCAGGGUUGCAGAUAUCUCUGCACACGCUGCACAGCUCAACACCGGCUCUACAGCAGCAAUCGGCACUGCCACCGGUUGGCAAACGUCACCAGCUGGGGAGUCGACGCAAGAGCGUGUUUAAAGAGGCCUCGGUCGGUGUGUCGCGCGAUCUGUCACCAAACUCGUCCAAGAAGCUGGGCAAGAAGCAUCUCAAGGUGCAGGUGAAGCGCUUCCGCAUGGAGACGAAGGCGGCCAAAACGCUCGGCAUCAUCGUGGGAGGGUUCAUCUUCUGCUGGCUGCCAUUCUUCACCAUGUACCUGACGCGGGCGUUCUGCGCCGACUGCAUCAACAGUCUGCUGUUCUCGGUGCUGUUCUGGCUCGGAUACUGCAACUCGGCCGUCAAUCCAUUCAUCUACGCGCUUUUCUCGAAGGACUUCCGGCAGGCGUUCAAGCGCAUCAUCCUACGCUGUCUCUGCUCGAAGCGGCUCAAGCUUAACCUCAAGAACUCGGCGCAAAACAACACCACGAACCACUCGUACAGCCCAUCGGCGUUCACACCGAUCGCGUCGACACCUCGCACGGAGAUCGCGGAAAGCGGUGUCGGUGGUGUGUUCAGAUGA